AUGAUAGUGACGUGGAAUAUCGAUGCCACUUCAACGUUACCAGAAUCCCGGAUAUCUGCCAUCAUAUCACACAUCCUCGGACUGGGCCCCAAGGUAGACGUAAUCCUCCUUCAGGAAGUCUCUCGAGCGGCUUUAGCCUUCUUACUGAGUGAUUCACGAAUUCAAGACGGCUGGUUUUCCAGUGAGGCAGGCGACACUAGCUGGGAAGGACAGUCUUUCGCAAGCUUAACGCUGAUGUCAAGAUCACGAUUUGCAUACACGAAAGACAAGUCCAUCUCAUCAAUGGGAAGGCUAGUCCUUGGUCCGGUUUGGCGGGUCAAAUAUCCAAGCCGGUUUGGAAGAGAUGCACUCUGUUGCGACAUAUUCAUCAAUUCAUCUCGUAUACGCCUUGUCAAUGUACAUCUCGACUCCCUCCCAAUUCAACCAUCUCAACGUCCUCGGCAAAUAGCAAUCGUCGCAUCUCUACUUCGCAGUGCGGGUUGUGGUCUGGUUGCAGGUGACUUCAACCCUGUACUCCCUGGAGACGAAAGGUUAACCCAAGAAAACCAUCUUGUGGAUGUUUGGGAUGAACUAAGGCCCGAAGAGUCUGGGUUUACCUGGGGUGUUGAUGGCACGGAGCCGUUUCCACCUAACCGGAUGGACAAAAUUGCUACGCUCGGUUUGAAGGCGCAAAGUAUUGACGUGAUGCAUCCGGGUUUUGUUUCGAAAACAAAAGGAAUAGGGGAAACCAAGGGAGAAGAAUCUGUUGCAACGAGGAAGCGGGACCAAGAAAGCGAAGAUGUUGUGCCAUGGAGCGAUCACUCCGGGUUAAAAUCAAGCUUUAGAAUUCUGGGAAAUUAG